AUGGCUUUUCCGAAUCUUGAGUCGUUUCCUCCUACGGCCGGAGCUUCAACCUCCAACGGGACCGAUGACUCGAAUAAGAAGGACCGAAAGCCCUAUACCAUUACCAAGUUGCGGGAGAGCUGGACUAAUCCCAAGCACGAAAAGUUCCUCGAGGCCCUCCAUCUAUUUCCCAAGUUAGUGCAAAGCAUAAACUGCAAGUCUUCAAAAUCUUGGCAUUUUGCUCUUCACCGGUCCAUCCAGUUUAGCCCAUUUCAGAAUGUUAGACAGGCAUCAAGGGCUCUCAAAGAAGGUAGAACCUUGAUUGUUGGAGGUUUGGCAAAGUCGAAGGUUGAUGAUGGAAUUGAAUUGCUAAACAAACUGGAAACCGGACUAGAUGAGCUUCAAAAUAUUGCGGAGGAUAAGAAUCGGGAUGCUGUUGCACCUAAGCAGAAGGAAUUGCUUAAUUAUGUGGGAGGCAUAUUAACAACAUUUCUGCAGGUUAAUGAUCUGCGGCACCUUCUUGGCCUAUAUGCUGAAUGGCAUUCACGUUUGAUCCCCUACUAUUCCUUUGAUCAAUUUGUUCACAAUGUGGAACAAGUUAGAACGACAAACCGUGUCAGGCGCUGCAUAAGAGAAUUACGAGGCACAGUUGCCCAUGGAGAAGAUCCAGCAAAGCUGCACGAGUCUCAAGUUCAACAAGAAAACCCAGGUCACGAUCAAGACUUUGGGGAAAAAACAAGUAAAAUCUUCCAUUCAACUUCCUUGGAAGUGUUUAUCGAGAAACAGAACAAAGUUUGGUCGACAUGA